AUUCAAAUACGAUUAGCGUUUUUGCGUCAUCGUGAGGGUACGAAAUGCGUAAUUUGAAAUUAGCUUGUGUUUAAUUUGUCAGUGCGUUCAUCUGAAUCGUUUUAAUAGUUUAACGUUAAAUCUCAUGAUGGUUAUGGCAGAAAGGAGAGCGCGUGUUUUCCACGACCGGGUGAAAGUUUUGCUGGAGGUUCUGCUGUUGGAAAUCACAGAGGCGUAUAGAGAGAGUUUGUGCCUGACACAAUGUGAGAAAUGUUCCUUCAAUAAUCCACAAGAGGACAAUGAGGGGUGCAGAGGACGAGCAGGAUCAGAAGAGUCACAGUCAUUUGCAGAUCAGCUAUACAGAGACACAGUAUCUCCACUGCAGACAAUGUUCAUUGACGUUCAGGGAGUAAUGGAGGCUGCACUGAACCAAUCAGAGACCCCAAAAGAUCUCCGUUCAUUUUCAGUUCAGUCUCAGUCAGAAGAGAGAGAAAUCCAACUGUCCACUGUAGAAGAAAAGGUUAAUAUAACUAUAUUACCAGCCAAUGACUCUGACAUUUCAAGCAUGCUCAUUGGAAAGUUGGAAGAGGAGGAAUCCUGUCUGACUGUUGAUCAGCAAGACGCACCAGACACAGAUGAAGACAAACUCACACUGGACAUUAAACUUGAGAUUAAAGACACAUCUGUAACAGAAGAUGAAGAUGUGAGACUGUUUGUACUGAAGGAAGAUAAUGUGGAAGAGGAAAUUCAAGCAUUUCGAAUUUCAGGAGCCGAUACGGAAGCUGAGAGUUUAGUGGAAGGUGAAAUUGAAGUGAAGCGUGGGGAGAUUGAGGACUGUAAACCGCUGGAGUCGGACCGGAUCAGAUCUUCUGAUGCACAUCUAGAGCUGUCUUGUUUGUCACCUUGUGUCCAGAAACCGGCGUCGUCUUUGUUCGAGCUCAAACCCUGCUCUGUAAAGCUCCAAAAGGUCAAAAUACUUCAGAAAGCCAGCAGUCACUCUAGAUUGUUCCAUGUUUGUAGCUUCUGUACCAAAAUCUUCCUAUACAAGAAACGUCUGAGACGACACCUGCGUUUACACACGGGCGAGAGACCUCACAGCUGCUCGCUCUGUCCCAAAGCCUUUAUCCUACGUAAGACCCUUCGUAAACAUGAGAGGAUACACUUCAAGAGACCGUACAGCUGCACGCAGUGUGGUAAUCGAUACAGACACUGGAAAAAACUCAGAAUUCAUUGGCGCUCCCAUGCCGGAGAGAGUCCGUUUGUAUGUUCCCACUGUGGAAAACGCUGCAGGACCCUGAAAAUCCUCGACCGGCACCUUACUUACAAUAACCAUGACUGACCGACUAAUCGUGACCGAUCAUUUGUUUGUUGUGAAGGUUUACACUAGCAGUGUAUUUUGUGUCUGUGAAUACUGUAGUAUUUUAUUAUUUUUUGUUUGUACUAAAAGCAAAUAAUGUAAAGUUUGGGUUGUAUCAGUUAUGUUGUGUGAUCUUUAAAUCACAAAUAGUGACCUGCAGGAGUAUAAAUGGUAUUCUGUUUUUGCAAAUACAUUCUGUAUCUUGGACAAGGAAAUCUACAAUAUUAUUUCUGGAGUGAAAAUCACGUAAUGGUCAUAGAUUUCUUAAAAACGGUAUUCAUAGGUAGAGAAAAUUACAGUAUUAUGCUGAAAUAAAGUUCAUCAUUGUUCAACAUAUACUAUAUGUUACUUGUUCCAUUUCAGUCGGUCGCUAUGACGUCAUGCACUUAUAAUAGUACCUAAAGAUGUCCGGGUCCGCAAGUAUGCU